CGGGUGCGGACCGCUCCGCUUCCCUCUCCUCCAGCCAGCGCCGCACUCGGGUUCAUGACAAGCCCGAGGUCGAAUUGCUUGCGCCUGUAAUUUGCAGAGGGGAGGCAGGUGUGGAGGUUGUAAAAGCCUUCGGGAACUUGUAAAAUUAGCAGGCCCUGUGUGCUUGAGGGGAACGGCGUUAGAGGAGAAGUUGCUGACUUCCGAAUAGCGGUGCCACCAGAAGUUUUCCUCCUUGCGAUGCAGCCUGUCACAGCCGGAGGUUUUCUCCCGCCCUGCUCCGCAAAGUUAGCCUCUGUGAAGGGUCAGUUUCGCUCUGUAGUCAUUCUUAAAGAUGUGCGUAGUUAGAAACUGUAUGUGUGAAGAAACGAUUUCCCGCUGCAGCAGUCGAUUCUAAGGAAACUUUAAAUUUUGUGCUUCGAGAAACCUGAUUACUUCUUGGAUUACUUUUCUACCUUGGUCUAGAAGAUAACUUGAGGAAAAUGGAAACAGAUGAGGCUCAAGAUAUGUCCCAGGUUUCAGGGAAGGAAAGUCCUCCAGUUAGUGAUGUUCCAGAUGAUGCAGAUGAACCUAUGCCUGUACCAGAGGACCUUUCAACUAGCACUGGAGGACAACAGAGUGCUAAGAAUGAGAGAGUCUUGGCUGCAUAUGGGGCAGAAGGCUUUAGGGACUUUCAUGCAAUAAUUCCCAAAUCUUUUUCCCCUGGUAAUAUUAAAAUAGAGACUCAGAGUGAUGAAGAGAAUGGGCGUGCCUGUGAAAUGAAUGGGGAAGAAUGUGCGGAGGAUUUACGAAUGCUUGAUACCUCGGGAGAGAAAAUGAAUGGCUCACACAAUGGCCCAGGCAGCAAGGCUAUGUCAGGAGUUGGAGGCAUUCGACUUCCUAACGGAAAGCUAAAAUGUGAUAUCUGUGGGAUAAUUUGCAUCGGUCCCAAUGUGCUCAUGGUUCACAAACGAAGCCACACUGGAGAACGCCCUUUCCAGUGCAAUCAGUGUGGAGCCUCCUUUACACAGAAGGGCAACCUUCUGCGCCACAUAAAGUUGCACUCGGGUGAAAAGCCCUUCAAGUGUCACCUGUGUAACUACGCCUGCCGUCGCAGGGAUGCCCUGACAGGACACCUGAGGACUCACUCAGUUGGGAAACCCCAUAAGUGUGGAUACUGUGGUCGCAGCUAUAAGCAGCGCAGCUCUUUGGAAGAACAUAAAGAACGCUGUCAUAACUACCUGCAAGCCAUGAAUAUCCCAAGCAGCCUUUAUUCAGUCAUAAAAGAGGAAACUAACCAGAGUGAAAUGGCUGAAGACCUGUGCAAGAUAGGGUCAGAAAGAUCCCUCGUGCUGGAUAGACUAGCAAGUAACGUCGCCAAACGUAAGAGCUCUAUGCCUCAGAAAUUUGUUGGUGAGAAAUGUCUUCCUGAUCUUCCAUAUGAUGCCACCACCAACUAUGAGAAGGAGAAUGAGAUAAUGCAGACCCACGUUAUAGACCAGGCCAUUAAUAAUGCCAUCAGUUACCUGGGGGCAGAGUCCUUGCGUCCCCUUGUCCAGACACCACCAGGUGGUUCUGAGGUGGUGCCCGUCAUCAGCCCCAUGUAUCAGCUCCACAAACCUCUUGGAGACAGUCAGGCUCGCUCCAACCAUACAGCUCAGGACAGCGCAGUGGAAAACUUGUUGCUGCUUUCCAAAGCCAAAUCUGUCUCCUCCGAACGAGACGCCUCUCCCAGCAACAGCUGCCAAGACUCAACAGAUACAGAGAGCAAUAACGAGGAACGCAGUGGGUUAAUUUACCUGACAAACCACAUAGGUCCCCAUGCAAGAAAUGGCAUCUCUAUAAAAGAAGAAAACAGGCAAUAUGAUGUCUUGAGGGCAGGUACUGACAAUUCCCAGGAUGCUUUCAAAGUCAUCAGCAGCAAUGGGGAGCAAGUGAAAGUUUACAAGUGCGAACACUGUCGAGUCCUUUUCUUGGAUCACGUGAUGUAUACGAUCCAUAUGGGCUGCCACGGGUUCCGUGAUCCUUUUGAAUGCAACAUGUGUGGCUACCAUAGCCAGGACAGGUAUGAAUUCUCUUCCCACAUAACUCGAGGGGAGCACCGUUUCCACAUGGGUUAAAACUCCUCCGGCACAGAUCUAGCCUCAACAGCUGCAUUACUGGAGCUGCAUGAGCCACAACAGCAACAAAGCACAAGUCAGCUGGACAGUAAAAGUAACAAGAGAAUCAAAAGUUCAGCUAUCUUCUCCCACAAGAAAAGAUUUUUUCCUUUUGGUAGCAUGCAUUGCAACUCAGUUUUCUAAUACUAAAGUUUUUACUGAAAAUGUUUGAUCACCAAAAACCUUUAUUAAUGUAAGUAGGAGCUUUUGUAGUUACAUAGUUGAAAGCCCUUCCCUUAACUGAUGCUUCUUGCAAACCUCCCUUGCCAAAACUGUUAACCAUGCACAGGAUGCACCACACGGAUGAGGACGCAACAGGCAGGAGCGACCAAGCUUUCUCUCUUAACACCGUGAGUGUAGGGCUCUUACACCAGAUGUAUGGUUUUUGACUUCCUGGUAUUAUUUGACUCUUUUGGAAGAUUAAACUCAGCUAAAGAUGGAGGGCCCCAUCUCAGAUGGCUUCACAGGCAGCUGUGGUGGGACAGGACCCCCCAGCCAGAGGGUUCUGAGUUGCUUUGGUGAUAGAAAGGAGAACAUUUCCACCUGCAAGGGUGCUGCUGGUAUUGACAUCACGGCAUGCCCUGUUUGUGUCACUAGGGAGGCAAGCAGGUAUGUGAAAGAUAGAAGAAACACCCUUGUAAUAUACUCUGUGAAGUAUUAAUUGCAUUUAAUGUAUAGAAAAAAGGGUAUUGUUGGCUCUUCUUUGAAUAAAUGUUUUCCCUUCCUAUCCAAUAAACCCCCACUUUUUGUUAAGCAACCCCUCCUCUCUCUGCAUAAAUGUUACAAUGUAUUUAAUUUUUCUUUUUUUCUUUUUAAAGUUUUAGUUAUUUAGAAAAGUAUGAUGUACAGUUGAGAAAAGCGCUAGCUAGAAAUAUAUGUGGGGAAGGUCUCCUUAUGCACAUUUUUCAUCUUUUAAAUCUGCCUGGAAAAUAUCCAAAAUCUCUCUCUUACCUAUGAAAAAAAAUCCGAUUUUCUUGCACAGAUGUACUCCUGUAGAUUUGUGGCUUUACUUGUAAGUGUUGCACUUAAUUAUUUUUAAAGCACUGAGCUGAAUUAAAACAGCCAGUUGAAAUUUGUAGCUUGCUUUUUUCCUGGCACUUGCUGUUUAAUGAGAGACCAGGCCCCACAAAGGUGCUGAGAACCCUGGCUUCCUAUUCAACAAAUCAUUUCACCAUGUGCUUUAAGUUACUUCUACUUCAGUGGAACUAAUCUUAAGCUUAAAAAAAUGGUGUUUUGCUGAAUGGAGACGAGAGACUGCAGCAUUUUGCGGAGUGCAGUGAAGUCCACCAAGAGCUUUUUCCAUGGUGGCUUCUGCUGCAUAUACUCCAGUCAGCAUGAAGACUUCUAUGACAAAUACAUUUUAUUUCCCCAAACACAAUUGAUAUUUUUAAAAAAACACCUUUUUUUAAAGCUUCUACUUAACUUCCUCUUCCAAAUAGUUCAUUCCUCUCCCUAAACACCCUCGUAUUUUACAAUUGGGCAAAGAAGAAAUGUUUUCAGCUGCAUAAAAAUCUGUUGGUGCUGGGCAACAUUCAUAAAAAUAACCUAUCUUAUUAACUUAAUUUAUAAAUACUUCCACUCUGCAUAGUAGUGGAUGUUCUGCAAUAAACACAAUCAUAUAACCAACAAGAUUAGCAGUUACACGUUCUGUAUUCACAAGUGCAUGCAAGCACAUACGCUUUUUACAAAAGAGAUUCGAUGGAACCAUGAACGCUUGUAGCUAGGCCAGUUUGGCCUGAUAUGUGUAGCUAUAUUUGAUAUAAAUUUCCUAUAUAUACAUACCAUUACAAGCACGCAGAGUUCCUUCUUCUGCUUUCACUUUUGCAGGUGUAAGUCAGAAGCAACAACACUCAAGUUAGAGGAAAGAUACUGAUGAAAUAAUGAUUACAAAUAUAUGCUUUUACAAUCUCACAUCUUAGCUUUUCAUGCCAACCGUAAGACAUGUACUUCAUGUGACACGUGGACACACAGGUAUUUUUACAUACAUGUGUGCAUACCUGUUUAGUAGCUUUGUCACCAGAUGUGCAUGUAGACUGAUGCAUACACCCGCAACAGUGAAAACAAAUUACUAGUACACGUUAGGUAGCAUAGUGCCUACAGGAUGGCCAGUGACACCACCACCCCCCCAGAAAUUGAGUAGUGUAAACUACAAGCCAAAGGUGAUCCCCUCUACUCCCACAUUAUCAGUCAGUUGCCUUAGAAGACAUUACUGCUUUUUGCCUUCCAGCCUGAGACACUGUGCAGGGGGUGGACACAAGGAAUCAUUGGCCACUUUCAUGCAUGCCCCAGCCACAUUUUUUUCAUCAACGCCUGCCGUGCCUUCAGCUUCAAGACAGGCUGUACGUGGCAGGUACCUGAGGUAUUACCAAAUAUUUUGUACAGGGGUGACCUGAAGAGGACCUUCAAGCCAGAAGCUUACAGCGAUGUUUGCUUUAUUAUUUUUUCUUUAAAUAAACUUAAACGGGGUUAAUUUUUUCGUAGCUGGUAGGGAUACAUUCAGCUGUUCCUACCCUUCCCCACUUUUGAUUGAUACCAACCAAAAGAAGGGACAGAGGAAUUUUGCAGCCCUGCUGCAACAUCCUGUGUGGAGUCAGAUUUUGGCUGUAUGGAAACAUUCUGCUUUUAUUGCUCUUACACCUCUUUCCUACUGUUCUUAGAGUUAGGCCACCACAUACCCCAUGCCGUAAUUUUUUAAACAUUUCAUUUUAAGACACCGCAAGCUAUAAAGAGGAGGGGGACAGAAGUUUACUCAGGUGGUUUUGUUUCUUUGCUUUUACCAAAAUCCAACACAAAUAAAGCCACAUUAAUUAACCAUGUAGACAAGCAUAGCUCCAGUGGAGUUUAAGACUGCCUUGAACUUCAGCUUUUAAAUGUGAUUUCUGAUUACUGGGUAGGUUCACUGCCUUUGCAACAUCUCUGUGCACACACGCACGUGUAUGAGUUCCUGUGUUGCUUUUCUUGCUGACAAGCACAUGCCUUAUCUGUGGUUUUGUGUAUCAUUAAUGUUUUAUAUACAUACAUAUAUGUAUAUAUAUAUAAAAUGGUUCAUAUGACAUGAUGAUGCACUGUCAGUCACAGUGGGUUUGUUUCCUGGGUCUGGACUUUUCUUAUUUAUACUAUAACAGAAUAUAUUGAUGUUGUCUAUUAAACAGUACAGUAGUAUAAGUAAGUAUAUUAAGACACAGUGUAUCAGAGGGCAUAGUCUAAAGGCAGGAGCAAACAGCAUUCUCUGUUCACAAAGGAGCUUUUUUAGGUUUGCUUUUUUCAGGGGUUUGGUUUUUUUUGUUUUUGCACAAAAUCAACUUCAAUUUGUCUAGAAACAAGUGUUUCAAUAAUUUUAUUUAUGGACAUAUGCAAAGAUGUCAUGAAAAUAGGAUGUUGUGUGUGUACAUCGAAACAAACUGUGCCCUCAGAAGACUAGUUUAGUAUAAUCUCCCUUUUUCUCUUUUUUUGCUAUGGUGCAAUACCCUGGUAUGGUUUAGCUGAACCCUAAAACGAGUAAAUAUGGUGAAUGGCUUUAAGUUUAUAUAUGUUUCAAAAAAACUGCUUCCCAGCCCUUCCCCAGACACUGCCUUUUCUAAUAGAAAAGUUGUAUUUACACACUUUUUUUUUCCUGUGAUUUUAUAUUGUAACUUCAUUUUUCUUUAAAAACAUUGUAUUUAAAAAAAAAACAAGCAAAUUUCAUAAAAAUUGGAAAUGUUAUUAAAUUA